GUGGGACGGCUGGAGCGGCGUGCUGCGUGGUACAAUAGAAAAAAGAAAAAGAAAAAACAAGGAAAGGGCUCUCUGUCGAGAGACGAGUUUGGGCAGAGAGCAGGCUGGUUGUGGAAUUCUGAGCAGACACAUCUUUCGAGGUGAACACAGAAAACACACCUUUCCCAUCGGAGCGGGGAUACUUUGGAUCGCAUUGAUUAAGACAUUAUGGAGGCCAGUAAGGAGGUGGACACCACAAGGGUUUACCAGAAAGGACCGGAAUUCCUUCGCAAACAAAUGGAACUGGAGAGCGAGAGCAAAGGGGGAAUGAGUGCGGUAGAAAGGCUAGCGGCAAGCAAACCAAUAUAUGUUAAGAGUCUACAGGUCGUCAACGCAACACAACUGCCAGUUAUACACAUUGGAUCAGCCUCUGUGAGCAGUAAUGGUUCUUCAAACCGCUCCAAAGGCUCAAGACGGACUGGAAAUCCUGCGGUUGAGGAGCCAGUACGUCCACCAGAACUGGACAGCGUGGUUCGACGAUCCAGCUCUAAAAAACGCCCGGAUUCCUUAUUACUUUACCGACAUAAAUGUGACCUACUGAAUGGGUCGUCGACCCGUGUGAGGAAUAAACAGAAUCUGGGAAACAGGUUACUUCAUGGCAAUGCGGAUCGAAAUUGCCACUUACUUGAAGCAACAGAUGGCACAUCAGAGGGGAACGAAUUAACUGAGGGGAUUACAACAGAACGGGUCUCAGGUGCGGUUGGUAAUCAAUCUGGGAAAUCUUUAACACAAAUUGCGCAACAACACAGCAACGCUACGGACAAAGCGGGUACAAACAGUGUUUUGAGCAAACCCAUUCACAAUAGACUGGCCGAGGUGAAGAAGAGGUCAUCCAAGGGGGUCAGCCGCUCCCACUCUGACAUCAGCUCCAGGUAUUCCAAAAACUUUGCAGAUUUUGAUGGUUUCUUCCAGUACUGCGGCCUGGAUGGCGAGAUGAUCAAGUCUUUGGGAAAGGAGAACUUUUCAGUGCACUCAGAGGAAGUGGCUAUCCGAAGAGACAGUGUCUCUACCUCCGACGGUGGCUUCUCCAGGAACAGCGGGAAUAGUGACGGGCUACUGGAGGAAGAGCUGGGGGAGAAGAUUCACCAGGGGACUUCGGUCAUUGAGCGCAACGCCAGGGUUAUCAAAUGGCUGUACAGUUGCAAAAAUGCCCAAGAGACUGGGAAAAAGUUACGAGAGCUUGAUUAACUUCUUUAAUACUUGUUUUAUUUGAAAUAGUUGCCAAAUGUUACCUUCAAUAUUAAGUGAAAUGUUGGAACUUCAUACUUCAUUGGCAAUAAUCGUGAAAUAUUAAAAAAAUUAUAGCCUGUUUGAAGACUCAUCAUCAUCAAUCUGAUCUCGGUUUAUGGCCUUCAUUAUGUUUGCACUGUGUCUUCUACCCAUUCGUUGUUUUUGUAUUGCAAAAACUAUUGUAUUGUAUGUGCAGGGACAUACAACUACAAAUGUCACUUUUGACAUAAUUAUUCAAUGACACUUUCAAAGAAAGUACUAUAGCAGCUUUCAGAAUAGUUUUUACCUCAAUGAAUAUAUUCGUCCUUUUAUCUUAAUAGAACAUGCACCAGAUUGAGAAUGUUCACAGAGGACAUUAGGUUUUAGGGAUUCAAAAUACCAAAACAAUACCAUGCUUCUUUUAAACUACAGCAGUCUGUUCAAAAUGACAAAUUAUUCCAAGAAGCACUUUAGGGCAGCAGUUAUUUUAAAAGAGAUGAUGAUUUAGGUAAAUUAUGUUUUUGCAAGGGCUGUAGGCUUGACAGCAUGCAGGGUUUAGGGUGCCUCACCUCACCUCCUUGUACUUUGAUCCAUCCUUCUAUUUUUUUCCCCUCCAGGCGAGAGAAGUGUGACAGAAAUCUUAAAGAAAGGUUACAUCGUGGUCAUUCGCUAACAUGCAAACCACACCCACCCCCACCUAGCAUGCACACACACACACACACACACACACACACACACACACACACACACACACACACACACACACACACACACACACACACACACACACACACAGUGCAGUCUAGAUUAUCCAACAGCAUUUAUAUCAAAAUAAUCUCCCAGCUGGGUGAUCUGUUAAAGUGUGAUAGUGCUAAAGCCCCUGGCUUAAGGUAUGGCUUUACCUGGGUCCCCUUGUUCUUCCCCCUUAGUCCUUUCCUUUAACUAUACAAUGCUUUGUGUCAGAUAACUUUACAGUCCUUAACAAUGGAAACUAUUAAUACUACACUGCCAAGCAAGAGAGGUGACUCAAUUCUAGACAAGCAAUGUCCUGCCUGUCCCGUUUGACUUUAGCCAAGGAACAAAAAUAAACAGCCUCAUCCCUUUAUUAUAGUUGAUCUGUAAUUAGUGUACUUAAUGCUCUUUUAUUUAUUCCUUACACUGGUUUGCGCUGUGUUUGUGUGUGUGUGUGUGUGUGUGUGUGUGUGUGUGUGUGUGUGUGUGUGUGUGUGUGUGUGUGUGUGUGUGUGUGUGUGUGUGUGUGUUGUUGUGUGUGUGUGUGUUUGUUUUUUUAGCAACGUGCUUGUUGAGCACUUCAUGGAGUCACUACAUUUUUGGUGAUUCUAAUUAUGGCCUGAAUAUUGCAUUUGUGUAUCGAAGUACCGAAGUGCUAAGAACAUUCAGAUCAUGUACUUGCCAGCCACGAGAUAGCAGUGUUACGUUCAUGUGUAUUAAUUGGGUUGCUGUUUUCCCCUCCCUAUUCAUUAUCUUUAGGAGUACGAAUAUGGCUGUUCUAAGGCCUUGUUGGUUCCACCUGUGGUCUUUCUGAUGCUGCCCUCAUUCAACCUUAUAUCCCAGCCUGUUAGCUUAACCUUGUUAACUGUCUGUGGUCUGUUGCCACUGUGGCCAUUGGCCACUUAUUGUGUUUCAUCAGCCUUGUCCUAUCGUGGCCAUAUUAGGCCUUGUGUUUUGGGUAAGAUGUAUUCAUGCUUUGUUCGUUCCUGUAGGUAGCUGGUCGGGGUGAGCGGCCACUCAGUUGCUGCCCCUGUUUUCCUGUUUUUGUGGAGCUGGUGAGCUAGGCAUACCGAUUGUAUUUCUGUUGAUCUGUUGAAAGAUCGAAAGAUUAUUUUGUUUAAGGUCCCUGACCUAUUUUGGGCUUGAUAUACAUUUGUUGUACCAAUAAAUCUUUCGUUUACAUCUUUAAACCCAGUGUCUAUACUAUUUAGUAACUUUAUGUUACCCCACUUUCCCCUAGACCAGAGGGUCGUAACAAGAAUUAUAAUUGAAUGUUGCCAUUAUCUCAGUUAUUCUGCCAUUAUGAUGAAUAUAAUACAGAAUAUUUAUUCAUUGGUGACACAUUCCAAUUAAAUUGAUACAUUGCAAAUAAAAAGUGUGCAUUGUAAGUUUAAAAAAUAAAUAUUAUUUUGUAUGUAUGUAUGUAUACGUACACGUACGUGUGUGUGUGUGUGUGUGUGUGUGUGUGUGUGUGUGUGUGUGUGUGUGUGUGUGUGUGUGUGUGUGUCAAUGUUGAUCAAGCGCUGAAUGAGUUAAAACGUUAAAAAUAUAACUAAUUCCUAUAAUUGACAUAUUCUCUAAAAUAAAAACUUGCAUUGUGA